AUAAAUUUAGUUUCUUUUCGAACGGUGAAACGGAAAUAAUCAUAAAAUAGCAAAAUUUCUUAAAACAAAAUGAAUAAAUUGAUUACAUUUACAUUGGCCUUUAUGGCAGUUUUGUGUUUAAGUUAUGAACUGGAGGCUGCCAAUGUGCCCUUGGCACCCAUGCCCCAACAAGAGGCAGGCGCCCAACAGAGAAAUAUUCAACUUGUACAAGAUAUCAAGGCCUUCAUUAAACAACACCCCCAAUUGCAAUUAAUCCGUUUGAAUAAGAAAAUGCCAGAAAAUCAUCGUUCCCAAUCGGUGAAAUAUACUUUGGGAAAUAGAGUGUCAGGUGACCGUAUGGUGGGACAAUAUGCUGACACCUUUUUCUAUCCUGCCAAAAAAGAUGUUUCUACUCAGGUGACUUAUCCUGAAACCGGUACCGGCAGUGUGGUCACUUCCGUUGACAUUAAUUGUUUGCAAGACAAUACCGAUGGUAAUGCUUAUGUUGUGGCUGGUGGUAUUGGUCAACGUUUUAUUUCGAUUGUUCUGGAGGCUACACAAACUGAACGUUUUUCUUAUAAUGUUCAUAUUUAUGGUAGAGAUUAGAAAGAGUUAUGUGAAUAAAUAAAUUAGUUUAUAAGUUUAA